ACUCCCUUGUGUAUUUAUUAACUAUAGCUCAGGGAGACGUUCGCCAGGGAAAAGAAUGGAGCCUUUUGUGCUUAGAACAGCCAUCUGAACUGGGGCUUCCUCCUGCUUCUGCUAUAUCCAUGUUACUAAGGAAGAGGCUUCUUGCCCGGGCAGGUAAACGUGAGUUCUGGGCCUUUUCUGUUUGGAUUUAAUGUGGGUGCCCCAGGGAAAGUUUGCUUUGCUCUGGGCCUCCAGCUUUGGUGCCAGUAACUGCAGCAAAAAGUAGGAGCAUAUAUCGUUCUCUCUUAAAGCAGGUAUUGGUAAUGUCAGAACGCACACAUUGGAUUUUUUUACACAUCUGGUGGCAACGCAAUGUUCUACAAAUCUGUUUGGGAAGAUGUAUCAAUGUGAUUGAGAGUUGGGAUGUAGCGACUUUUACAUUCACCCACCCCGUAGCUUCUCGGACUGGUUAAAGAAACUGCAAAAAGGAAGAACGGUAAAAUUGGUGUGGUUAGAUUGUGAGGGGGUGUUUAAAUGGUUGUAACAAAAAACAGAAGCUUCAGGGGAAGAAUGAAUGAUGUGGACUGUGACAGUAAUGUGCAAAGAACUUAGUUAUACUGGGAGAUACAGCCAGCUCUUGAAUUCUUAGAAAACAAGAGAUUUUUUUUAAUAAUCUACACAUUGAUAAGUCUCAGGAAAAUGCACACUUCUUGUUAAAACUGUAAUGUAGCCAGCAUGCCAAAGAGUACGUGAACAGAGCAUUUGCAUUGUAAACAAAUUUUCUACAUAUUUUUGCUAUUUAGAUUUUUUUGUUAUUUUCUCAUGUUACACAUUGUCAAAGAGCAGGGAAACAAACAAAACUGUCCCCUGCCUUCCCCAGGAGAAGUGAAAAAAGACUGCUGUGAGGCGAACCCCCUUGGAACAACACAAUCUAUAUACUUUCGUUAUUCCUUUCUUAAAAUUUAAAAGUCUUCUACCUUGUCUUUCCUCGUGUAGUUUAAGGUGGCAAAAAAAUAAAAUAAAUAAGAUGGUAACACUUAAUCGGGAAGUAAGUUCCAUUGAACUCAAGGGGACUUACAUCACAGUAGAUAUGCACAGUGAUUGUACAAUAUUAGUUUCAUAUAUAUUUUUUUUAAAUUACUGGAGGCUGAUUUCUGUAUUAUUGAUGUUAUGUGAGCCGCCUUUGUGCUCACUGAAUAUUGUAUAUAUUGUUUCUCUCCUUUUCUCUCCUUUCUUUCCAGAAGGACUGUAGGCCGUGGUACCUUGUUUUCUCAAGCUUUCUUAGUGGGGGACCUCUGAGGUCCUGAUGCCAUCCUGCAGGUAUGUCUCUCUCCCAUCAGGGAUUCGAAACUUUUGCCUAGCAGAGUUGGGGAACCUAACUGAUCACUGAAGAAUUAUAUGUGUGAAGGAAAACAAAAACUGCCUGUAAGGAACUGAAUCUGGAAGUUUAGUUAACCUUCUGGAUUAUGGGCACCAUAAGCUUUGAUGUUGGGGGGCUUUGCUGACCACACAUUUUAGCAGAACAGAAAGGCAGUCUUUCAACAUCCAACUCUAUAUGCUUAUUUCCCAUUAGAUAAUUUAUGACACAUAACCAUCAAAGUGGGCAAUUAUGCCUUUAGGAUAGGGUUUAUUGCUUUUGGUUUUCGGUUGGUGGGUGUUUUCACUCUUAAAACCCGUGCAGUGGCUGUGCAUUCAGUAUUUACUGACUAGUACAGUUAUACCUUGGAAGUUGAACAGAAUCCGUUCUGGAAGUCUGUUUGACUUCCAAAACGUUCGGAAACCAACACGCAGCUUCUGAUUGGCUGCAGGGAGCUCCUGCAGCCAAUCAGAAGCUGCAGAAGCCCCAUCGGACGUUCGGCUUCCAAAAAUAGUUCGCAAACUGGAACAGUCACUUCUGGGUUUGCAGCGAUCAGGAACCAAAACGUUCGAGAACUAAGCUGUUUGACAAUCAAGGUACAACUAUACAGUACUUACUUUUAGGAUUCAAUAGGGCAUUCCAGCCCUGUUCAAUGAUUUGCAUAAUCCAUACCCUCCAACAUUUCUCUAAUGAAAAUAGGGACGUCCUAUUCCAUAAUAAUAAUAAUGUUAUUAUUUAUACCCCACCGAUCUGACAGGGUUGCCCCAGUCACUCUAGGAAGUUUCCAGCAUAUAGAAAAACAUAAUAAAAUAUUAAACGUUAAAAAACCUCCCUAAACAGGGCUUCCUUCAGGUGUCUUCUCAAGGUUGUAUUGUUACUUAUACCCUCUGAUGAAAACAGGGAUGUCUGACCAUAUCCUCCAACAUUUCUCCAAUGAAAAUAGGGAUGUCCUAAGGAAAAACAGGACAUUCCAGGAAAAUGAGGAGACUUGGAGGGUCUGCAUAAUCCCAUCUGGCCCCACAUUUAUUUUCAAUUACUUCAGUUUUUUCUGCUUGCCUUGAAAUGCUAUAGCAUUUCAUCAAACGUCAGUUUGUUGUGUUGGGAACGGAGAUGCCUUGUGGAUGGAUUUCCCCUUUCCUCUUUUUCUGUCUAAACUCUGUUGAAUGGAAAAUACAGCUAGUGGAUCUGGACAUGGGAUUGGUGGCAGUUUAAAUUAUUGUAAGGGUAGUAUUGUAAGGCACCUGAAACCAAUAUCCGAACGGUCUACUAUCUAUUAGGGAUCUCCAGCCUUUUUGAAUCAGUGGGCACAUUUCGCAUUUUGUGAGUGCCAGUCACAAAAUGGCUGCCAUGAUGGGCUUGGCAUAACACAAAACUAUUUUUACAGGGUUGCCGUAUUUCAGAGAGUGAAAAUCUGGACACAGAAGCUUGUUUUGAAGAGGGGGGAUCAAAGUUGUUGAGCUUUGAAAACAAUUUGAAGUUUCUCGCUCUUUUUUUAGGAAAUUCACAAAAUAAAUAAAUAGAUUUUCUGGAAAUUCCCCCUGGGUGCUUGAGGGGUGGUUUUUUUUGCCCAGGGUGGGGUGUAGUAGUAGUAGUAGUAGUAGUAAUUUAUUACUAUUACUAUUACUACUGAAGAAGGCCACUGUACAAUUUUAGCAAAACGACAGCAACAUGACCUCCAACAUUUCUGAUAAAAAAAGAUAUCCUAUUCAAUAAUAAUAAUAAUAAUAAUAAUAAUAAUAAUAAUAAUACCUCAUUCACCUGACUGGGUUUCCCCAACAUGUAUAAAAACAUAAUAAAACAUUAAACAUUUUAAAAUGUCCCUAUACAGGGCUGCCUUCAGAUAUCUUCUAAGGGUUAUCUCCUUAGCUCGGGAGUCACAUAACUCUAUACCCUCCCCAACAUUUCUCCAAUGAAAAUAGGAAUGUCCUAAGGAAAAGUCGGACAUUCUGGGAUCAAAUCAGAAACCGGGAUGGCUGUCUCUGGAAAAUAGUGACACUCGGAAGGCUUGCAGCACUUCCACCUUAAAGGGUAACAAUUUUUAAUGGCAUAAGCUUUCUUGGGCUAGAGUCUUCUUCAUCAGAAACAUCAUUCUCACUAAUCUACGAAGUCUAUGCAAUGAGAGGUUGUUGCUACUGUUAUAACUAAGCCGUAUAUAAAUCUUGUGAAAUAAAUAAAGGUAAAGGUAAAGGUAAAGGUAAAGGUAAAGGUAAAGGUACCCCUGCCCGUACGGGCCAGUCUUGACAGACUCUAGGGUUGUGUAUUCAUCUCACUCUAGAGGCCGGGAGCCAGCGCUGUCCGCAGACACUUCCGGGUCACGUGGCCAGCGUGACUAAGUGGCAUCUGGCGAGCCAGCACCAGCGCAGCACACGGAAACGCCGUUUACCUUCCUGCUAGUAAGCGGUCCCUAUUUAUCUACUUGCACCCAGGGGUGCUUUCGAACUGCUAGGUUGGCAGGCGCUGGGACCGAGCAACGGGAGCGCACCCCGCCGCGGGGAUUCGAACCGCCGACCUGACGAUCGGCAAGUCCUAGGCGCUGAGGUUUUACCCACAGCGCCACCCGCAUCCUGUGAAAUAAAUAUAAAUACAUAAUUUCCAGAAAGAACGUAUUCUCUCUGCCUGCCACACACAAUAGCAGCUAACAGGAUUAGGAUAGCGUAAGGUCUUCUUCGUGUGGGUCUGCAGAGAAACAGAGCCCAUUUGUAGUCUCCACGGUGCUUUGACCUAAUUUAUCUAUUUUCCUUGCUCUCUUGUUCUGUGUUCCUCCUCUAUAUAACAAAAAGUGUAUUCACUUAGAAGAAGAAAGUGGUGAUGGAUUUGCUGCUUCUGGUGCAACCCAUCUUAGAUGUGGUCAAGAUCCAGUCUGAGUACCUCCAUCCAUCCGCUGAAGACCAGUGCUUUAUUAAAUCUUUCUGUGGGAAUGAAGGCUUGCUACAUUUUUUGGUCCUGGAAACCCUAUCUAAAGGUUACAGCAAUGUUUGUACACUAAAUAGAGCCCUUGGCUCUCAGUCUGAUUAACUGAAACAGCGUUCUUUUCAUCUAUUUACCAUUGCCACUUUCAGGCCACCUUGGCUCAGCUCUUGAAAAUAUACCUUCCCUUAAAGUAAGGACUGUGCAGGCAUCACUCAGUGUAGUUCCAGUUCAGUGUAGACCAGCAAAGAGUUAUAGCAAGGCAAUGCAGCUUUGCAAGACAGCAUCUCUUUGGAAGGAGGUCCUUGCAACAGAAUCACAAGGCCAAGGCGAUUGCACAAUCCACCUGAGCGGUUGCAUGGGGCAGUAAAUAUUUAAAGGUCAAACACACGUAGCUGUUCUGACCUGUUAGAACAGAAUUCACAGAGGUGGGCUGUUUGGCUGUUCUAAAGUGUUCCUUUAUUAUGGCCAACCAAUAUCCACAGAAAAUCUGCUGGCUGGGACUGGUGGAAGUUUGUAGUCUCUGGAAGUCAAGUCUGCAAAAAAAUAUGGUCCAGAAUUACAAGGUUUAGCCCUGAGAUCUUGUGUCUUAUAUAUUGUAUUUUUUAAAAUUAAAAAAUGCUUAUUUAGUGUUGAAAAGUUUACAUUUGCCAUCAACACUACCUUUAAUUUAUGCAUUGUAUUCCCACCCCCCACCCUCAAUGGUGUUCUAUGUUUAUCCUUUAAUGCUGCAUUUUUUAUCUUAUAACUCUCCAUAUAUCCAUCCUAAAUUAUUCGCCUUAAUGCUGCUCAUAUUUCAAAUCCUGCUCAUGUUUUCAUGCAACUAUGAUAGUUCUUUAGAUGUUCUAUAAAAGGUCUCCAAUCCUCAGAGAAUGUUUCGUCAUUUUGAUCUCUUCAUUUUUGCUCUUAGCCUUGCCAGUUCCACAGACUCCAUCUUCCUCCUUUCAUAUUGUAAUUUUAUGUUGUGAACCGCCCUGAGAUCUAUGGAUGAAGGACAUGAUGCAAAUUUAAUAAAUAAAAAAAUAAAAAAACAAUAAUUCCCCCAAUAGUAACUUACCACACUGUAUGCAUAUAACCACUUGAUAGGCUCCUUCCCUAUAUCAUCUUGCCAGGCUGUGAGAAAAAUCUUACCACACUUCUCCAUCUGAUCACAAAUCUAGGGAAGUAGCCAGAGAGUGGCAAAAUUUUCCCUGCCUCUGGACUGAAUAGUACGGGCAACAAAGCUUACCAGAUGGUUACAUGAGCAUGCUGUGUAUGCUGUGCCUUGACAAACAGUCCUUUGUAUCCAUCCCGUAUCCCGUACCUUUCUUGGGUACCACUGUUUUCGUAUCAUCCCUGCAUUUGUUGCCGGUGUCUGUUCCCCACAGGUGUCAGUUAAACGUGCCGUCUUGCCCUCGCAGCCUCCCUCCCCACAAAAAAAGCCCCAGAAAUACUGGUGCAGGGGGGAGGAGGGAACGGAAGGAGAGGGACCCAAAAGGAGAAGCAGAAGUGUAUGCAGAGCAGCUUGCAUGUAUAGGGGCGAUAAGUUAGAUAUGCUUCCUGUUCCUGUAGUAGUGAACGCCAGCUCUGAACUGUGCACUUGCCUCGGUUGGGUCUGUCUGCCUCUACCCACCAACCCAAAUAGACAUUGGACACCAUGGAAGCCAGGAGGCCGAGGAAACGUGUGAUGUAGGUGGACAGAGGCAGCGAAGGAACAUUUAAAGUUAGCGAGCCUCACCACGUCGAUGCUGACUCCUCCUUUAUCGACAUCUUAAAGCGAGUCCCUCCAGUUGUUGCUAUUAUUUUGCUGUUUUUUCGGUUCCGCCUGCUGCCUGCCGACGAUAAUGAGGUAAGGAAAGAGCUGGGAAUGCAAAUGGAAGGCCAACCCCUUCUUUAUCCCGGACUUUGAAAGUUCCUGCCCCGGGACUACAGCUAGGAUGUUGUGUUAUGCGUGAGUGGAAGUAGAAGGAGGCCGUUCUGUUAGUUGUGUAGAGCUUUAUGGAUUUGGCGGCUGGAACUGAGAGAGAGCCCAGAGCUCUCAAUGGCUGGCAUUUUGCUCCCUCAGGAAAGUUGCCUACAUAGGGGUCAUCCAGCCUGCCUUUUGUGUCACAUUUCUAGGUACAGUUCCACACUUUAAAGCACCAUGUCGGAGCGCUUUUUUUUUUUGCCCAGGCACUUUCCCCACAAAAAACCCCAUUAUUUACCGCUGGAUUGGAGCAAACGCCAAUCUGCAGGAAACCCAGAUUGCUGUUUGUUCCAAUUCAGCAUUAAAGAGCAGCUUUUCUUGGGGAAAGUGUGAACCUGGGUCUAGAGAGCACUUAGGGCGAAAGGAAAAUGUGGAUGUGCCGUUGAUGAAGGACAGCUGAAUGUGUGACAUGAACGCCUUGAAAAGCUCACUGGUUGAUGUUGCCUUUGAACAUGCAUGUGCGAACUAGGGUUUUGCUGGAACUAAGUGGAGGGGAGAGGAUUCUGGGAGAAGAAUGUCCGCCUUCUGGGCCUUCUUGAGAUGUAGUAGUCUUGAGGGAUCCUCCUCAUGAUGACUGAGUUGAGCAAGCUGCAUCCUCCCUCCAUUUCUCCCAGUUUAUUAUUAUAUCCUCAUUUUCCUACUCUCUCUCUCUCCCCCCUCGUAAUCCAGGUGGUUCCACCGUGACCUGAGUGGCAUCGAUGCUGAGGUCUUACUCAAAGCACGAGGCGUUCAUGGAAGUUUUUUGGCUCGCCCCAGCCGGAAGAACAAGGGAGAUUUUUCCCUUUCUGUCAGGUAAUCGUCCAAGCACCAUUCUCCUUCCCUUCCACGGACCUCUCCAUGGGACUGUCUGUCCAUUCGCCUGGACCCACCUCACAUAAAUAGUUCAGCCCUACAGACGCACAGAGGGUUUCCCUCUGCGAUUGAUGGGGGUAACAGCCGCUUGUGCCUGUCCUCAUAGUUAAUUUUUAAAGUGGUAUCCAGAAAACUCUGAGGCAAACUGAAAUAGAGGUUUCAAAAGUCAGUCUGGGUGGGAGAGCGCAGACUGCAGCAUGUAUGGGUUGAAUGAAGGGGUUAAAGAGAGAUGUGGGACCAUAGGGGGCUUGUUGCCUUCUCCUUCUGCCUGGACAGCACAGUUGGCCAGAGCGUGGUGCUGAUAACCCCAAGGUUGCAGGUUCGAUCCCUGUAUGGGACAGUUGCAAUUGCAGGAGGUUGGAAUACAUGAUCCAACUCAUAAGAUUCCCAGGAUCUGGGAGUGAAUUUUUCUGGGUCAGAGCAAGUAAAGUAGAGCCCUUUUUUUGCAGGGGAUGGGGGGAUAUGGGAGAGUUUUUGGUAAGCUCAGGGUGGAGGCCAGUGAAAAAACAAUACAGUGGUACCUCGGGUUACAGACGCUUCAGGUUACAGACUCCGCUAACCCAGAAAUAGUACCUCAGGUUAAGAACUUUGCUUCAGGAUGAGAGCAGAAAUUUGCGGCGGCGGCAGGAGGCCCCAUUAGCUAAAGUGGUACCUCAGGUUAAGAACAGUUUCAGGUUAAGAACGGACCUCCAGAACGAAUUAAGUUCUUAACCCGAGGUAUCUCUGUAUGUUAAAACUAAGGCGGACGGAAAUGGAGCAAGAAGAAGAAAAAUAGCUGUUUCUCCUUCCCUAACCUACUUUUCUGGCAGCUAGAUCCCCGGUCCACCCCUAAACAAUGGGCAGGCCAGAUUUAGUUAGGCCAAGGAAGCCCAGCUUAUAAGCUUACUUCUCCCUCAGUUGCCAACCAAUUGCCCAUGUUGACAGCAUCUGGAAAGCUGCCAGAAACUGGAGUUGGAAGGUCCUGUUCUGCCAUUGGGCUGAGGGUGCAGACACUCCCUUAAGGCUGUGGACUUCCUUCACCAGCUUCGUGGUCGUGCUAGACACAUGCUGGGGCAGAUGCUGUCUGCUUAGUUCUUCUCCAUCUCAGGGAUGUGAAAAUCCAACUGCUUGAGACAUUUCACUAGAACCACAGACUCACGGUCAGAAAGCUCCUCCUGAUGUUUCGUGUCUGUCAUGGAUCCACCUUCCAUGGAUGUUUUAGUUGAGAUUCUGGCAUUGCAGGGGGCUAGACUAGAAGACCCUUGGGAUCCCUUCCAACUCUACAGUUCUAUGAUCAUACUGAAAUUUCUUACCUGAACUAGUCUUUUAUUUUCAUACAGAAAUUCCUCAGAACCCCCAGAUUUGCUUUGUAUGCCAUUUCAAAUAAAAACACCUUUGGUAACUAUUCCAUGUCCCAUAGAAUUCUCUGGUUUGCUUCAGAAGGAAAGAAAGCUCUCACUGUUUAUUAUCUGGAAGAAACAUCAAGUGUGCACAUGCGUAAUGGGAGCCAUAUCCUUUGGAUAACAUCUUUUCCGUUUCCCUGCCACAAAUUAUUAUCUGGUACAGUGGUACCUCGGGUUACAUAUGCUUCAGGUUACAUACGCUUCAGGUUACAGACUCCGCUAACCCAGAAAUAGUACCUCGGGUUAAGAACUUUGCUUCAGGAUGAGAACAGAAAUCGCACGGCAGCAGCGGAAGGCCCCAUUAGCUAAAGUGGUGCUCCAGGUUAAGAACAGUUUCAGGUUAAGAACAGACCUCCGGAACGAAUUAAGUACUUAACCCGAGGUACCACUGUACUCCACUAUGAGAGUGUGUACACACAAUACCUUUAAAGUAUCUUCAACCCCCCAGCCGAUGAAUCCUGGCAAUUGUUGUUUGUACAGGUACUGGGAAUUGUAGCACCAUCGGGGGUAAGCUACAGUUCCCAAGAUUCCUUGUUUGCGUGAUGUGCUUUGAAUGUGCUUUAAAGAUAAUAGUGUGUCUGCAGCCUAAAUGAAAGGCGGAAGUUAUUUUACUUGUCUCGGGCCGAGUGCUGGCAUUUAAAACGAGUGCUGAGGUUAAACCCUGCUGGUGAAAACACACCCCAGUUAACCCAUGAAAGCAGCUUAAUCCUGCCUCCCUUCACUCCCCUCCACAAUUUCUAGCACCUCCAACUUUUCUUGACCAGGUGCUUUUCUGCCUCUCCUUGCAGGAUCGGUGACCAGGUAACCCACAUCCGUAUCCAGAAUACGGGGGACUUUUAUGACCUCUAUGGAGGAGAGAAGUUUGCCACUUUGUCAGAACUGGUUGAAUAUUACACACAGCAGCAGGGAUCCCUGCAAGAUAAGGAUGGGACCAUCAUAGACCUGAGGUAUCCGCUGAACUGCUCUGAUCCAACAACAGAAAGGUAAGGAGAAAGCAGGCCCGUUUAUGCCUCUAACUGAGCACCACCUCUGCCCUAUCCUGGGUGGAUUAUUUCUCUUCCCCCAUCUCAAUAUUUCCCCCUUUAAAAAAACUCUUCGGUCCUUCGUGUACGAAGAGAUCCGCCCCACCCCGGAUCUGUAGAUCUCACACAAUCUGCCUUUCGCCUUGUGAAAGUUUCAAUAUCGGCCCAGCUUAUUUUUAGAAACUGGAUUUCCUCUGAUUUUACUAUUUUUGGCACACAUGAAAACUGCGGUGUAGGUGAGAUGCAGAAAUGUUGCAUUAAAUACGCAGCAGAAGUCUUAUCUGACCAAGCAAAAUACCCUUUUUGGCUUCUCUCUCUCACACACACAGAAUUUCUCUUAUCAAAUCAGAUGGGCUUUUGGAAAUCCACUCUGCUUGAUAUUGCGGGGUUGGAGUGCUGGAUAGGUUUGUGCUCCCGCUCCUGGUUCAUCAAUGGUGUCACCUUACAGGAAAUAUGUACGUUUUGUCCUCUCUUCAGUUUGUGUGGCUUUUUUUGCAUCCAAAACUCAGCAGUUGGUCAGGGAACCUACUGCUUCCUCCCUUGCGGUUGGAAAGUUCUGCCCUCCAGGCACUUAUGAAAGCUUUUCAGCUCUCUUCUUCCUCCACCCCCACCCCAAGAUUUUCCAUCAUGUGGCUUCCUCCUUAGUGAGGGCUGUGAAGCUUAACUGUUUCCUCCCUGAAGAGGAGGGAGCCCACUCAACAACUGCAGGUCUGGGUCAUUUUUAAAGCUUUGAGAGCGUGAGAAUAGCAGCUCCACAGGUGGGGGGCUUUUCAUAUAUAAAAGUUUCUAAAAUAAAGUCCAAAGGAACUGCAAAAUUUCCCCAAGAAGCACCUUGUUUAUUUUCCUCUUGAGUUUUAUGCCCUGCCUUUCAGUCAGAUUCAUUUGACUUUAACUGAAACCAGGCAUGCAAAACUUAGGAGUCCAGUGUAACCUUGUCAGCCAGCCAGGCGCCUUUGGACCUGUGAGCAACUGCUCAACUUUUGCAGUCCAAGUCAGGCAGCAGAAACAGGACACAUCUAGCUUUUGCUCUAGGUGGGUCACAGUUGUUGGCAUCGGUCUGUCUCGAGAGACAAUGGAGUGUGUGUGGGGGGGGUGAAGUCAAACUGCUGCGUUAGCACUACCGAAUUGACCUCUCCAGGGGCACAAGCCUGGGCAGUGUGUCUGGAGGUUCUGGGCUGCCCAAAUGGCAAGACUCCCCUCUCUGCCUCCCAAAGGAAAGCAGAGCAAUACAUUUGGCACCAGUUUGGCUGCAGGAGUUGCAGGAAGGAGGCGUACAAGGCGCCACCCAACUGUCUUAGGGAUGCCACUCUGGAUUUGUGUAGGAUUUUCUCAGCUUUUUCUUUUCCAACUAUAUCCCACAAGUGCCACAUUUAAAUGCUUUCAGCUUAAAUUAGUUACUAUAUUACAGGAUUGCCUGUUUAUUCUUGGUUAUAGGAGGUAGCUGUCCUUGUUAGCAUCAGCAUAGAGGGUCCCACUGUUGUAAACAAAAAUUGCCCUUUUCCCUUAUGGGGUAUCCAAGAGCCCAUAUAGAGUCCUUACAUAGCUUCCCUAUUGGUAGGAGAGAAUAACAGAGGCCAACCAGAGAAUAUUGAGAAGCAAAGCAGCUAGUAAGCUUGAUCUUUAUUGAUCUGUUGCAACAGGGUGCUCCCUUCACCCGCAGGAGAGGAAGAGGAACCCCGUAAAAUGGUGCGCAAGGCCCCCCUACAAUACUUUUGGCCCAUUGUCAUGGGUCUUGAGGGUAGGAUGCAAACAGCACAGGCCUUAUCUAAUCUCAUGGCCCUUCUAACGGUUUGAGACACACAAAAAGCUUAACUGCUGGGCUGCAGAGCAAUAAGUUCUCCCUGUCCCGCCUCAUAUCUGCCCAUGUUUAUCUUCUGGUCCGUGUGCCUGUUGGGCUAGCAGAAGCAAAUAUGCGGUCACUGUGGAUGCCUCUUAUUUGCUAGUGUAUUUGCUGCGUACAUCUAUCUUAGAAUCACAGAAUUGUAGAGUGGGAAGAGACCCCGACGGUCAUCUAGUCCAGCCCCCUGCAAUGCAGGAAUCUCAACCUCCGGUUAUAGGGCAGUAUAUAAAUUCAAUAAAAUUACUACUACUACUGAAGCAUCCACGACAGAUGGCCAUCUUGUUUUCUUUCCUAAUGGAAUAAACAGAAAGAGUCCAUAAUUACACUCCACAGAACUUGAUUUGUGUCAGGUCAACAGUAUCCUUAAAAACACACAAACUACCACCACCACAACUAACGACGACAACCAACCCAUAUACCACACACUUGCCCUGCGUUGUUUCUUCACCUCUGCAGAGAGAUAGAGGCUCUGGGCACCCCCUUCCUCUUGGUUCAUGUGGGAACCAAUGACACUGCAAGCAAUAGCCUCCAGAAGAUCAAAAGAGACUACGAGGCUCUGGGCAGGAAAUUGAAGCAAUUAAAUGCACAAAUUGUUAUCUCAUCUGUCCUCCCAGUUGAACGACGUGGUCCAGGGAGAGAGGGGAAAAUAGUGGAAGUGAACAGCUGGCUUCGCAAAUGGUGUAAACAGGAACGGUUUGGAUUCUUAGAUCACGGACUGCAGUUUCUUGAAGAUGGACUUCUGGCAAGCGAUGGGCUGCACCUCACAACGGUUGGGAGAAAAGUUUUUGCCAAAAAUCUCAGAAACCUCAUCAGGAGGGCUUUAAACUGACUAAUGUGGGGAGGGAGACAGUGCUCCUGAAGGUAGGAGUCUAUCAAUUGAUGAAGAUGAUCAUCCAAAUGUCAUAGACCAAAUGGAGCAAACAGCACACAGACCUAGUGGUGGGAGGAAAAAUCCUUAAAUAAGAGUCACGGGGAAUGAUUAAUGGACUUCAAUGUCUGUACACUAAUGCGCAAAGCAUGGGAAAUAAACAAGAUGAGCUUGAGCUCUUGGUACAGCAAACUAAAUAUGACAUAAUAGGCAUCACUGAAACCUGGUGGGAUAAGUCCCACGAUUGGAAUGUAAUAAUGGGGGGAUACAAUCUAUUUCAGAGAAACAGACCAGACAAGAAAGGAGGAGGAGUGGCGUUAUAUGUCAGGGAUGUGUAUACCUGUGAAGUGAUCCAAGAUUUAGAACCUCAAAACCAAAGUGAGAGCAUUUGGGUCAAAAGUAAGGGAGAAGAAUAACAGUGACCUCAUUGUGGGAGUUUACUACAGAUCCCCAAGCCAAACGGAGGACAUAGAUGAUGCCUUCCUGGAACAGAUGGCCAAGCAUGCAAAAGGAAGGGAGAUAGUAGUAAUGGGGGACUUCAAUUACCCGGAUAUUUGUUGGAUGUCAAACUCAGCCAAGAGCAUAAGGUCAAACAGAUUCCUCACUGGCCUUGCAGACAACUUCAUUGUCCAGAAAGUGGGAGAAGCAACAAGAGGAACAGCCAUUUUAGAUCUGGUCCUAACCAAUGUUGAUGACCUGGUUAGUGGGGUAGAAGUGGAAGGAUCAUUAGGCGCAAGUGAUCAUGCUCUUCUGAAGUUUACUAUACAGCGGAAAGGAGCAGCCAAGCAUACUAGGACUCAAUUUCUUGACUUUAAGAAAGCUGACUUCAUAAAACUUAGGGAAGUGCUGGGUGAGAUCCCAUGGACAGUAAUACUAAAAGGAAAGGGAGUUCAUGAUGGCUGGGAGUUUGUUAAGAGGGAGAUACUAAAAGCACAACGUCAGGCAAUACCAAUGAGACAGAAACAUGGAAGGUGCCUAAAGAAGCCAGGGUGGCUAUCUAAAGAACUUUUAACUGAGUUAAGAUUAAAAAAGGAUGUGUACAAAAAUGGAAAAGGGGGAAACCACCAAAGAGGAAUUCAAACAAAUAGCCAGCACGUGUAGACACAAAGUCAGAAAAGCUAAAGCACAGAAUGAACUCAGGCUUGCUAGAGAGGUUAAAAGCAACAAAAAGGCUUUUAUGGGUAUGUCCGUAGCAAAAGGAAGAACAAAGAAACAGUGGGGUCACUCAGAGGAGAAGAUGGUGAAAUGCAAACAGGGGACACAGAAAGGGCUGAACUCCUCAAUGCCUUCUUUGCCUCAGUCUUCUCCGAUAAAGAAAGCAAUGCCCGACCUGAAGAAUUUGGAGCAAAUGAUUCAGCAAAGGAAACACAGCCCAGAAUAACUAAGGAGAUAGUACAAGAAUACUUGGCUAGUUUAGAUGUAUUCAAGUCUCAAGGGCCAGAUGAACUGCAUCCAAGAGUAUUAAAAGAACUGGCAGAUGUGAUCUCAGAACCACUGGCAGUCAUCUUUGAGAAUUCCUGGAGAACAGGCGAAGUCCCGGCAGACUGGAGGAGGGCAAAUGUUGUCCCUAUUUUCAAAAAGGGGAAAAGAGAGGACCCAAAUAAUUACCGCCCAGUCAGUCUGACAUCAAUACCAGGGAAGAUUCUGGAGCAGAUCAUUAAGCAAACAGUCUGUGAGCACCUAGAAAGGAAUGCUGUGAUCACCAACAGUCAGCAUGGAUUUCUGAAAAUAAGUCAUGUCAGACUAACCUGAUCUCGUUUUUUGACAGAAUUACAAGCCUGGUAGAUGAAGGGAACGCAGUGGAUGUAGCCUACCUUGAUUUCAGCAAGGCAUUUGACAAGGUGCCUCAUGAUAUUCUUGUAAAGAAGCUGGUAAAAUGCGGUCUUGACUAUGCUACCACUCAGUGGAUUUGUAACUGGCUGACUGACCGAACCCAAAGGGUGCUCAUCAAUGGUUCCUCUUCAUCCUGGAGAAGAGUGACUAGUGGGGUGCCACAGGGUUCUGUCUUGGGCCCGGUCUUAUUCAACAUCUUUAUCAACGACUUGGAUGAUGGACUCAAGGGCAUCCUGAUCAAAUUUGCAGAUGACACCAAAUUGGGAGGGGUGGCUAACACCCCAGAGGACAGGAUCACACUUCAAAACGACCUUGACAGAUUAGAGAACUGGGCCAAAACAAACAAGAUGAAUUUUAACAGGGAGAAAUGUAAAGUAUUGCACUUGGGCAAAAAAAUGAGAGGCACAAAUACAAGAUGGGGGACACCUGGCUUGAGAGCAGUACAUGUGAAAAGGAUCUAGGAGUCUUGGUUGACCACAAACUUGACAUGAGCCAACAGUGUGACGCGGCAGCUAAAAAAGCCAAUGCAAUUCUGGGCUGCAUCAAUAGGAGUAUAGCAUCUAGAUCAAGGGAAGUAAUAGUGCCACUGUAUUCUGCUCUGGUCAGACCUCACCUGGAGUACUGUGUCCAGUUCUGGGCACCACAGUUCAAGAAGGACAUUGACAAACUGGAACGUGUCCAGAGGAGGGCAACCAAAAUGGUCAAAGGCCUGGAAACGAUGCCUUAUGAGGAACGGCUAAGGGAGCUGGGCAUGUUUAGCCUGGAGAAGAGGAGGUUAAGGGGUGAUAUGAUAGCCAUGUUCAAAUAUAUAAAAGGAUGUCACAUAGAGGAGGGAGAAAGGUUGUUUUCUGCUGCUCCAGAGAAGCGGACACGGAGCAAUGGAUCCAAACUACAAGAAAGAAGAUUCCACCUAAACAUUAGGAAGAACUUCCUGACAGUAAGAGCUGUUCGACAGUGGAAUUUGCUGCCAAGGAGUGUGGUGGAGUCUCCUUCUUUGGAGGUCUUUAAGCAGAGGCUUGACAACCAUAUGUCAGGAGUGCUCUGAUGGUGUUCCUGCUUGGCAGGGGGUUGGACUCGAUGGCCCUUGUGGUCUCUUCCAACUCUAUGAUUCUAUGAUUCUAUGAUAUGGCUAAAAUAAUCCAAGCUCCUUAUGCCUGAACACCAUCCAGAAAUAAUAAUAAUAAAAGGAUUGGUUAACCACUCUGCUCUGUGGCCUAGAGAGCCUCACUCACAAUCAUUGUUCAACUUGGACUGUAAAAGAUGGUAUAGUCAGGGUUUUAUGCUAUAAUUUCAAAACACAUUUGUAACAAGUUGAGGCUCUCUGGGUUGAUUAAAGAAUGCUUAAUUGAUUUGUGUAUUUUCAUUGAUUAAUUAAUCAAUUACAUUUAUAUUUGAAAAUUACCAGAAUAUUAGGACAGGCCCCUUUUUAAGAGAGUGAAGGAAAUGUAAGAAAACCUAAAGUUUAACUUAACAAGGGGAAAACCCGACCCCUCUUAGAAGUUAAAAAGGGCGGCCAUCUUUAAAUAUGCUAUUUUUCAUUUCCUGUCACAACAACGUGCCAAAACUAAAGUAGACUUAAAAAGCAAGUGUAGCUUUAACUCCUCCGAUUAAUCAACAGACAUAUUAGUUCAUUAUUCUAUUGACUGAAGCUUGGUGUCCUAGCAAAAAGGUAUGCUAAAGUUCAGAUAAACGUUCAGGCUUUUCAGUCAGGCAAAAUGAGACUGAGAUGCAAAACAAGUGUGACAAAUUGUCAUUGUAAGUUUUUCCAGCUGAGGAGCAAAAUGUCAGGAUUUUGGCCCCAAACGCAAGAAGACAUCUUCUUGUUGUUGUUUAGUCGUGUCCGACUCUUUGUGACCCCCUGGACCAGAGCACACCAGGCACUUCUGUCUUCCACUGGAUAAUAGCAAGUCUGGCCAGGCCCCUGUUUGGAAGUCAUGCAUCCUUUCAUCCAUACAAGUUGUCUCUGGUCCAGGGGGGUUGGCAAGACCACCAGAGUCUUGCCACUGUGAACUCCACUGGCCAGAAGGAUUGAAGGUUUUCCAUGCCCUUUUAUUUCCUUGCAAUCCUCUGUUUUUGUUUUUGUUUUAAAUAUAGCUUCUGCCGUCAAUAGUGCCUUCAUCAGAUAGUGUAGCAUUUUUAGCGUAUUUUCAAAACUGUUUUAAAAACUGUGUACUAUGUUGUGCUAUUUUUAAAAAAAUGAAAGAAAACCAAGUUUCCAUAGUAGAUGGAGAACAGCAAGCUAGUGGUAUGGAAGAUUCUGGAAAGUACUAACUUCCAUACAAAGAACUUGGAAAGCAGUGCUCUCUCAUCAGGGACAGACAUUCUAUUGGUUCUUUACGUUAUAUACAGGAACACAAUAUUGGAAAUUAGCAGAGAGAGAGAGAGAGAGAGAGAGAGAGAGAGAGAGAUCCACAAUCUACCUCUCAAACACAGGUGCAGAGCAGUGGCUGCGACUUCUGGUUCAAAUCUAACUUCUGCAAUGAACUCCCCAAGAAGCCAUUCACCACAAGAUACAGAUGGUGAUUAGGAUGAUAAUGACCUACCUUACAGGGUGGUUGUUAAACUUAUUGUGAUCAUGUCCCCAAAGUUUUUGAACGCCCCAAAGUGCUAUGUAAAUGCUGAGAUGAUUUGUUAAUGGUUUAUUUCAAUCACUAAUUACAGACCCGUUCCACACCAAUUUGUGAAAUGAAUUUAUGGGUCAACACAUUUUACGAUUUUAGGUCUGCCUAAUAUGCUUACACUUACAGCUCAAAAUAUAUACUGGGUUGCUAUGGCACAACUACGUUUUCAAGUAUGUGUCAUAUAAGUACGUGCGUCAUGGAGCUUCGUUCCAAAUCUGGGUCAUCGGGUGUGAAAUAAUUUUUGUAGAGAAAAGCGGUCUCUGGUCCAGGCUGUAUAAUGCAUGUGCUACUAGCAAGCACAUGGCUGAAUGGCUUUUCAUGGGCUGCCUCCCACUGAAGUCCAGUGGUGUAGCAUGCAUUAGCAGCACCCGGGGCAAGGCAAGGAUCACGCUCCCUAACCUCCUUGCGGGUGUCAUGGAGGAGGCAAUAGGCGAACUUCGCCAGUUGGCCUCUCAGCUUAGCAAGCUCCUGGCAGGAGCAGUGGCUGAAGCUCUUUGGCAGGCUUAGCGAUGUCCCAGCAGAACCGGAGCGCAGUUGCAGCAGGCCUAGGAGGAGAUCAGUGGAGAGCAGGGUGUGAUGCCAAGGGCAGCCCUCACCCAGCUACCUCUCCUAAGCCACACUGCACAAGGGCAGGUGCCAAGGGGUCUUGGGCGAGCGGGUAGCUCUCCUCUCUGCUCUCCCUCCUUGGGGUGCUGCCUUGCCCAAGAACACACGCCAGGAGGGAGACCCCAGGGAAGGACUGGCGCAGGCCAGGAAAAGUCUGGGCUCUGGCUGGGGGUGGUUCUGCCCAGGGGUGGGCAUCCCUUCGCCGGCCACAAGGAGAAGCAGGUGCCUGCCACCACAGCCCUGAAGGCCCAUGCUGUGUGUGCUUCGGUCUCAGCGAGGGAGCUUGCUGUGGGUUGCGCACAGUAUUUUGUGUCCGGGUCCACAGCCCCCCCAGGCUACGCCACUAUGAAGAUGCCCUGAAACAGCAUAAGAGCAACCGAGUAGGCUCACUUAUGCCUCCCUUCAAAGCUUUCUUGGCCAUAGCUCGGUAGCAGAGCCAGGAUUCGACCCCAGGAAUCUCCAGUUAGCAGGGCUGAGAAUGACCUCUGAAUGGCUGAGGUAAUGGCUGGCAGUCAAUUCUAGGCUUGCCACAUUUCAAAAAAGUAAAAACCAGGACACCCCAAAAGUUCUUCUUCUUCUUCUUUUUUUACGAAAAUGCAAAAAAUAAAUAAAUGUGAUUUUUCAAUCCGAGACAAACCGCUGCCUUCUGGAAAUUCCCCCCAGCCAUCACUUCAGCCUUUGAAAUCCCGGUAAUGUCCAUUAAAAUCCGGAUGUAUGGCAGCCCUAAUUUAGACGAAACUGGACCAAUUGAACCAUUGGCCUGGCCUGGGUAACUUCCAGGCAACCCAGCAUUUAUUUUGAGUUUAUUUGUUUGUGUCAAGCAAUGGCCACCCCACACUUUUUCAGUGCCUUGUCCUGCUGGUUUUCCUGUCGUGCUGCAUUGGUUAUUAUACGUGUACUGCUUGAAAAUAUCAGAGCCUGGAGUUUGCUCAGAAACAAUUGUGACAUGCAUAGCUAGCUGAAGGAAAAAUCAGUCGGGAACUUAACUCUCCUUUCGUUUUAAACUAUGGGUGGAGCUCAGAGUAGGACUACGUGGGUUAUGCAGGUGGGGAAUGAGAUCUGCUUGAGCACCAAGACUUUACUACCCCUGUCUGAUCCCUGCAUCCCUUAAGCGUGCUAUGGGUUUUCCCCCAGUCCCCCAGGGCAGAUUUGGGGGGGCGUGCAGGGGAGGAGGAGGGAUGUCUUUUUGCGUGAGAGGACCUUGCUCUGUGCAUGUGACAACUCAGCUGAAUCCCAUCCAGUGCGGCUAAUGAGUGUCAUGAAACCGCCAUAUCUUUCGGUUAAAACUGAAAUGGAGGCUUCAGGAGAAGUGAAUCAGGAAUGCUAUUUUGGGAAGGUGGCAGCUGUUGCUGUUUCUGUAUUUCAAAGCGUAGGAGCACCUGCAUUGCAGGGAUGGCUAAAUCUUUCGGGCUGGGGGCCGCAUUGAUCCACAGUCAACCCUCUGUAGGCCACCUUUCAAAGUAGGCCUGUUCAAGUAUAAAAAUGAGGAUUUAAUUGCAGGGGAAAGAAAACGUUUAUUUUGGGAGUGGUCCUCACAAACAUUUGGGCUUCACUGAAUCACAGUAGGGGGCCAGCAAAACUUUUGGACAAAUUAGGGAAUCUGAGAAGGCUACCAAAAAAAGUGUCAGAAUGGUAUACCUGAGGGAAUAGUCAGGGGAAAUUUUUUUUGCAGCUUUCAGACCAAGACACUUUAUGCCUGUAGCUGUUUCUGGUCUUUCUCUCUCUCAGCCAGAUAGUCCAUGGUUGCUUUAUCAGACUGCCCUCUGGUCUACUGAUACUGUUAUUAAAUGCCAGCACAAUUUAUAAUAAGAUCUCCUUCAGCCAUGUUUUAAUUGCAGACAAGAAGGCUAGCUGGUUGAUAUUAACAAGAUCUGAGUCGGGGAGAUACUGGGAGGUGGGGGGAAUAAUAUCUCCCAGCUAAGUCCUCCUGGAUGCUUGAUUCAACACUGGUUGAACCCAGACUUGAGAGCUGUGAAGAAUGGUUGCUAAAAGUUAUCAGAAUUGUUUCUAGGCUUUCUGUUAAUUUGUGUGCCAAUCUGGAGUGUUUAUAUCUUGUGUUGGACACUUUGAACAGCUGAGGGAAUCUGCUGGUGUACCAGUCACUCUCCUGCCCAUGACACUGUCAGGGAAUAUUUCAUUUGGUGUUGAGACUCCUGAGUUUAUUAAGGGAGAAGCUCAACUUCCGUGUCAAGGCUGCUGUAGCUGCAAGAGCGCCAGACUUCAUGGCUGCCAUGGCAACUGUGGGGCUGUCCCAAUUUGUCAUCGGCUCUAGUCAUGUUGCAGGACACACUGUCAGUUUGGUUUUCUCUAGCGGGAAGGAGGAUGCUCUGAAAGUGGGUUUAUUUCGAGUCCCUUGUCAUCAUCAGAUCACUUCCUGUUGAGGCUUAGGCUUGCAGCAACUGUUCCUUUCGGGAAGGGUGAAGGACCUAUUACAACAGUCCAUUUCUAGAGGCUAGCGGACUCAAAUGAAUCCCAGAUUGCUUAUGGGGAUUUUCUGAUUGGUGUGGCUGUUUCGCAUGUCAAAUCCCUGGCUAUGUUGUAUGAUGCAGAGAUGACCUGAGCAGUUGUCAUGGUUGCUCCAAAGUGUUAAAAGGGUGGCGCUGUGGUCUAAACCACUGAGCCUCUUGGGCUUGCUGGUCAGAUGGUCGGUGUUUCGAAUCCCUGCGACAGAGUGAGCUCCCAUUGCUCUGUCCCAACUCCGGCCAACCUAGCAGUUCGAAAGCACACCAGUGCAAGUAGAUAAAUAGAUACUGCUGCGGCGGGAAGGUAAACGGCGUUUCUGUGCACUCUGGUUUCUAUUCCGGUGUUCCGUUGCACCAGAAGUAGUUUAGUCAUGCUGGCCACAUGACCCAGAAAGCUGUCUGUGGACAAAUGCCGGCUCCCUUGGCCUGAAAGCGAGAUGAGCGCCGCAACCCCAGAGUCACCUUUGACUGGACUUAACCAUCUAGUGAUCCUUUACCUUUUUACCUCCAAAGUGUUACCUCUCCCUGUGUAUAUUACGAAAUACAUUUUACGCUUCUCCAAUAUGGGAAUGGCAAGUGGUCAUGCAACAGGAUAAUUCUGAAGAACACAGCCUGCACAGCUGCAUCACUCCAGCUACCCAAAGUCCAAGGGUGGAGAUAGAAAACAAUGCUUUAAAAUAGAGUUGCCAACCAACUUCGUUAUAUAAAAAAACAGCAGGAGAUAAUGUGCAGAAAGCAGUUGGAACAGUGCUAUGUAGAUACUCGUUAUCAUUAACACAUUGAUAACACCGUCAUUGCUAGGUAAAUACUGUAUCAUUAUUAUCAGUAUACCUGAAGGAGCGUCUCCACCCCCAUCAUUCAGCCCGGACACUGAGGUCCAGCUCCGAGGGCCUUCUUGUGGUUCUCUCACUGUGAGAAGUGAAGCAACGGGGAACCAGGCAGAGGACCUUCUCGGUAGUGGCACCCGCCCUGUGGAACGCCCUCCCAUCAGAUGUCAAGGAAAUAAACAACUAUCUGACUUUUAGAAGACAUCUGAAGGCAGCCCUGUUUAGGGAAGUUUUUAAUGUUUGAUGUUUUAUUGUGUUUUCAAUAUUCUAUUGGGAGCUGCCCAGAGUGGCUGGGGAAACCCAGCCAGAUGGGCGGGGUAUAAAUCAUCAUCACCGCCAUCCUGCUUUGUCGUAUGCUGCUUCUGUUACCCCAGCGAUGCUUCAGCCAUGCUUACCCUCUUUUUCUGUGGCCUGAUUCUGUUUUUCAUCCCUCCUUCUCCCCAGGUGGUACCAUGGUCAUCUUUCUGGCCCAGCUGCCGAGACCUUACUCCAAACUAAGGCUGCACCAUGGACUUUCUUGGUUCGUGAGAGCCUCAGCAAGCCGGGUGACUUUGUGCUGUCUGUCCUCACCGACCAGCCUAAAUCUGGGGGUGAUGCCCCUGGAGCCGCUAGCACCCCCAAAGAACGACUUAAAGUUACUCAUGUCAAGGUUAUGUGUGAGGUGAGAAACUUGUGGAGAGGUGGCCGAGGGGCGGGGAGACAGAAAACAACCUCUUUCCCAUCAGCACCCUUAGAUGGCAUGUUUCUCUUUGUCAUGGUCUCAAAAUUAAGAGACAACCAGGAAUCCAGUGAGCCUAAUUUAUUAAUUAAUUUUAAUUACUAUUUUAUUUGUCACAUUUGUAUGCCUCCCAUCUUGGAAUUUAUGUGAGGACUCCCCCCUCCCCCGCUUAUUAUAUAUUCAAUUUGUAUACCACCCUUCAUCCGGGGGCUCUUAGGGCAUCCCACAAUAUAAAAAUACAAUAAAACACACGGAAUACAUAAUAAAAAUAAGAACAGAACAAAACCAAUAAUCCCCCCUCCCAAGGCCUUUGUAGACCAGGGGGUCUCAAGGCAGUUCACAGAAUAAAAUCAAGAUAUAAAAUCACAAAAUACCUAAUAAAAAUAAAAACAGCAACCCAAUACUCCCCUCCACAAAAAAGCAAAACAUUUUAAAAUCGGAUCAACCAAAGGCCUGGUUAAAAAGGAACAUUUUCACCUGGCAUCUAAAGGUGUAUAAUGAAGGCAACAGGGGAACCUCCCUGAGGAGAGCAUUCCACAAAUGGGGAGCCACUGCAGAGAAGGCCCCGUUCUUGUGUUGCCACGCUCCGGACAUCUCAUGGAGGAGGUACAUGAAGGAGGGCCUCAUAAGAUGAUCUCAGGGUCCGUGCAGGUUCAUAUGAGAAGAGGCGGUCCUUGGGGUGUUGCAGUCCUAAGCCAUUUAAGGCUUUAUAGGUCAAAAGCAGCACUUUGAAUUGGCCCAGAAACUAAUGAGUAGCCAGUGCAGUUGGACCAGGAUCGGCGUAAUAUGCUCAAACUGUCUUGCCCGGGUGAGCAACCUGGCUGCCGAAUUCUGCACUUCUCUUGUCAGAAACUCUGUGCAGUAAGUUGAGAUGGAGUCACUAGCUCAAGAACAAGCAGCAAGCUUUCUGGCCGGGUAGGGAUUUGAACCAUCUCCUUCCGAUCUAAGGCCAGCAAAGCCAUCACACUGUAUUAGAUCGUCUCACUGCCUUUAAGUGCCUGUUGCUGGAGCUGGUUAAACAACCAAGCUGUGAGGGGAAAUAGGAUGGGCGUUAGAUGAGUGGGGCAUGAGGUUCUUCUGUGGAAGCCUUGUUGAAACAAAUACGAGUUGCGUAAGAAAACAAUACAGGUGCACACACAUCCAUUUAUGGAGGGAUGACAUUCUGGGUCAUUGUGCGUGUUGGUGAAGCACCAUAGCUGUCAACUUUUCCCUUUUCUUGCGAGGAAUCCUAUUUGGAAUAAGGGCAUUUCCCUUAAAAAACAAGAAACGUUGACAGCUAUGGUGAAGCACACGUAACCCUGCCUCACCCCAUUCCGCCCCAGUCCUUUCCUCUUCCAGUGCAAAACAUGGCGUGUGCAUGCUCAGUGUGCAUCAAACACAUGCAAAAUGGCAGUUGCCUGUAGUGGUAUUUUGAGAUCUCCCAAUUCAUUUCAACAGCAGAAAGUCUUGGUCGAUUGUGUCUUGUGUUAAUUGGUGUAGGCAUGUUAAAUGUGAGGGUUGUUACUUGCAACUGGUUCUGGUCAUAACCUCCCAGAGCACUGGAAAUACAACUGAUCAGCAAAAAAUUAUGCAUGGGAGAAGCGUGUUACAUAUAUAAGGGACAUGACUAAUAAUAUAUUUUUCCCCCCUCCAGAAAGGGAAGUACACAAUUGGGGGCACAGAGAGGUUUGGCAGCUUGGCUGACCUGGUGGAGCAUUUUAAGAAAACGGGAAUUGAAGAGGCAUCUGGAUCCUAUCUGUAUCUGAGACAGGUACUGAUAUAGAGCUGCACAGAGAAGUGUAGACCACGGCUGCUUUACCCAUCCCAUUUGAUUUCCUCUCUUAUUUAUAACGUUUGCUAGAUGUUUCUCUAAAACAACUGGAGCCUAGCUGCCAACUUUUCCCUUUUCUUGCAAGGAAUCCUGAAAUAUACUCAGAGUCGAGAGUGGAUUUCAUGCUCUUUAUUCAGCUCAUAGUAAUGAGGAAUGGAAGUUCCCCCCAAAUAUGUGUUUUAUAUACAUUAUUUACACAAUGGGCCGCACAUGAUUGGCUAUUUCUGGGAUUCUCCUGUAGGCCAAUCAGGUUGCGGAUUCACUUCCACCUGAAGCUGGAUUGGGUGGCUCCUGCGGACCAAUCAUACUGCUGCAUUGUUCUAGGACCAAUCAGACUGCUGCCUUUUGGAUCUUAUUCAACUCAGUACAUAAUAAAUCCUAUUCGGAAUAAGGGAAUUUCCCUUAAAAAAAGGGAAACAUUGACAGCUAUGAACUGGAGGAACACACAAUUAAUGAGAAAGAAUUUAGACAAUGUUAUUUGUUGGGGACAAACCCAGCACCCUCAAAUUAAAAACAAACUUUUUCUAUCCCAUGUUGUUAUGUGAUGUGGUCUAUGGAAAGUAAUAUGAUGCAUGUUUUUUGUUUGUUUUUAAGUCAUCUCAGUUAUGUGGCUUUUCAAAAAAGUGGAAUAUCUAUGGUUUGGGCCUAAACCUUUUUCCUUUAGCUGUAAUUUUUUUGCAAGGGAUUGUGAUUGCGAAGCAGUUUGGGGAAAUACAAGUAAAUGGCUUAAAUUUCAUUCAGUGAGAUGGACAGAUUUGUGGAAAAUUUCUAAUGUAUUUUUUAAAAAAAACUAUGAAGUUAUUCCUGCAGAUGAGGAAGGGAAAAAAAGCUGCCACAUUUCCACAGCUUUCAAGUAUUAUUCUUAUUUUCUAAGAAGGAUAAUGCAGCAGAAUCAAAUUGGCAAACUGGAGUUAUCUUAAACACAGAUUUUGUUAAAGCCAGCGGCAAGGGGGAAAUUAUCUAAUACAUAAGGAAGCGUUGAUGGCAUUAGAUCAGAAAGACUGUAGCUGUAUGGAGAAACAGAAUAAGGAAGUAGCAGAAGUAGAAUAUCAGUUUUAACUGUAGAUCUGGAAAGUCGAAAGACUGGUCUCUGAUUAACUUUAAGAGGCUAAUUUUCAGAUGGUAGCAACAUUUUUACAACAUCUGGUGCUGUGUAGGAUUUAACAAAUAACUGGCAUAGGUUCUGGGUACCGUUAAUAAAAGAACCUACUCAUAUGUCUGGUGGACUUGUCCCUGUAUAAGAAACUAUGGACAAUAAUUUCAUGAAUUAUGGUCACACAUUACAGAAUACCUCUGGAGUAAACUCCAAAACUGGUGAACAAAUGAUGUAGCAACCACAUUUAACAAAAGGGGGGGCGGGCACGAGUAUUUCAACAAUUAAGGGUGAAGAUAUAGGACAUAGCCUUAAUGGGGAGAAACACUGUUUUGGGGUUAAUGACCAAGAAGUUUCAAAAUAAGUCAUGAAUGCUUAUUUAUUUUUGGAGAGGUGUUUAACAUUUUUAAUGUCACUGUAGCAAUGGCAUAAAAUGCUACAGUGACUGUGAUAAGAUAGUUUAACAAAUUGCAACACAAUAUAAGAUACAGUGUAUGAAUUUAUUAGAAAUAGUCUAUGACCCUUUAUUCUUUUAUGUGCUUUUCCCUUCAGUUUUUCUCUUACGGAUGAAUUAAAAUAUUCAUUUUAAAAUACAGUUGUACCUUGGAAGUCGAACGGAAUCCGUUCCAGAAGUCCUUUCGACUUCCAAAAUGUUCGGAAACCAAAGCACGGCUUCUGAUUGGCUGCAGCAAGCUCCUGCAGCCAAUCAGAAGCUGCAGAAACCCCGUCGGACGUUCAGCUUCCAAAAAAGGUUUUGAUGGACAGCUUCAAGGCUCCUCCUCUCCCUUUUUCUGGAAUCUUACUGUUCAGCCUGACUUGGACUGGAAAGCCCUCAUGUGGAGGAUACCUUCAAAAUAGAGGGCUGCCCUAUGUAAAGUGGGGCACAGAAACACCUUGGGACAGCAGGAACUGAUUGUAGCUCAGUCAGUAGAGCAUGAGACUCUGAAUCUCAGGGUCGUGGGCAAAAUAUUCCUGCAUUGCAGGGGGCUGGACUAGAUGACCCUUGUGGUCCCUUUCAACUCCUGAAAUAUACCCCGAGUCACGUAGUGAUUUCAUGCUCUUUAUUGCAGCUCGUAAAACAGUGAGAGUGAAUCCCCCCCCCAGACCUCAGGUUUUAUAUACAUUAUUUACACAAUGUGUUCCGUCUGAUUGGCUGAUUCUGCUUCCCUCCUGGAGCCUGAUUGGGCUGCUACUGCAGGCCAAUCAGUUGUUGCAUUCUAGGAUCCUACCGGCCUAAUAGGCUGAUUAACUACCUCCUGGGGUCUGAUUGGUCUGCUCCUGCAGGCCAACCAGGUUGUUGCAUUCUAGGAUCCUACCAGCCUAUUGUUCUAGGAUCCAAGCUCAGUACAGUGGUACCUCGGGUUAAGAACUUAAUUCAUUCCGGAGGUCCGUUCUUAACCUGAAACUGUUCUUAACCUGACGUCCCACUUUAGCUAAGGGGGCCUCCCACUGCCACCACGCGAUUUCUGUUCUCAUCCUGAGGCAAAGUUCUUAACCAGGGGUACUAUUUCUGGGUUAGCGGAGUCUGUAACCUGAAGCGUCUAUAACCCAAGGUAUCACUGCACACAACAACGCCCCAAUUCUAUGAUUCUAUGUUCCCCUUUUCCCUCAACUGAUCAUUUUUCUCUCUCCUUGGUGGAUGUCUCACCCACCCCGCUAUUCCCCCUCCCAUCUCAUGGGGAAAAGUAGCUGCCAUGCAAAGAGAUAAGCAGCCCAGAUUCUGGUUUUGUGGCUGGGAGAGCUCUGCUCCUUGACUUUAUCUUUUUCUUGUCUCCAGAGAGACCUCUGUUUGUUUCUUAUUGUGUAUUGCUUUGUAAUGAUUUGUUGGGUCUCUGGGCUGUAAUAAAGAUUGAUGAUGAUGUUUCUCACAUUUCCCCUUCCUUCUUUCCUUCCUUCCUUCUUUCCUCCCCUCCUGCUAGCCUUUCAACGCCACCCGGGUGAAUGCAGCCGACAUUGAGGACAGGGUGCAGAUGCUUGAAAAGAGAAGCCAAGAGGAAGAAGCUGCCAAAGGAGGUUUCUGGGAGGAGUUCGAUGUGAGUGGCGAACUGUGGGGCUUCCUCUUCCUCGUGAUGCGUUAUGAAGUCUGGAACUCCCUACUCCUGUCCUGGUUCUUGGCUUAUCCCCACCUCAACUGGGGGUGGUGUACUGACGCAUUCACAAUACCUUAUUGUUUCGACCGCUAGCAUUUUUAGAAUGCAUUCAUUUAUAAAGUCAUUUGCAUCCUGACAUAUCCUAAGAAAAGUUAGAGCAGUUUACAAUAAUAUAUCUAUAUAACAAAAACAUAGAAAAGAAUUAAAAUCGGAGGGCAGCAACUAACUGUGAUGGAGAGAUGUAUUCUCAAUUGCCUGCAAAAGUGGACUAGAAAAGUUUUUGGCAGGAGUUUAAAGGAUAAAGCAGAAGACACUCAGUGAAACUCUUAAUGGAAAAGCAUUGCAUAGGUAAAGGUAAAGGGACCCCUGACCAUUAGGUCCAGUCGUGGCUGACUCUGGGGUUGCGGUGCUCAUCUCGCUUUAUUGGCCGAGGGAGCCGGUGUACAGCUUCUGGGUCAUGUGGCCAGCAGGACUGAGCCGCUUCUGGCGAACCAGAGCAGCGCACGGAAACGCCGUUUACCAUCCCGCCAGAGUGGUACCUAUUUAUCUACUUGCACAUGACGUGCUUUCGAACUGCUAGGUUGGCAGGAACAGGGACUGAGCAAUGGGAGCUCACCCCAUCGUGGGGAUCCAAACCGCCGACCUUCUGAUUGGUAAGCCCUAGGCUCUGUGUUUAACCCACAGUGCCACCCGCGUCCCUCCAGAGCAUUGCAUAGGACUAGGCCAAUGACAUUAAAGUCUAUUUUGUGUUGAUUAGGGCUGGGAAAUAUAUGGUUUUCAACUUUGUGAUCUAUCACCAGCUAAACAUUACAGUAUACUGAUUUAUCACAAUGUCUGAAAUAAGGAUAGAGCUAUGUACAGGCACUGGCUGGCUUCACAGUUUUCCCCACAUUGUGAUUUUUGCAUAGCGCGUGCACACACACACACACGCGCACACACACACACAGACUGAGUUGCAAUACAUUGUCAGGUCAAAAAUUAUAUAUAAAAAAACCAAUUUCAUGAUAUAGACUUGAAAUUGGUUUUGGACGAUAUAUUGCCCAGUCCUAGCACACAUCAUGUAACCGAUAUCACAGUAUGGACUUCAAACUGGUUUGGGACGAUAUAUUGAUAUACAGUGGUACCUCAUUUUGAGUCCGCCUCGUCGAGCGUUCAUUUUGUCAAACGUUUGCGGUAAACCCGGAAGUACCGGAAUGGGUUACUUCUGGGUUUGCCACUUGUGCAUGUGCAGAAGCGCUAAAUCACGCUUUGCACAUGCACAGAAGCACAAACUGCUCCAUGCACGUGCGCAGAGCAGUGCUUUGUUGUGCGUCCUUUUUGUCUAGCGUCUGGGGAUCCGGAACGGAUCCCAGACUCAAAACGAGGUACCACUGUAUUGUCCAGCCCUUGUGUUGCUGUCAAGUGAGCCUUGCCAACUUGGGAGACAACCAACGACAGUGCUGGAGAUUAUCUCCCAUGUCACCGAUGUGUAUGGCACAUCACAAGCACAUCACACCUGCCCCAAAAGACUUAUUAUUUAAAUUUUGAUGCAAGAGAGGGAGGUGUGGGUGGGGGUGAACAUGGAUGCUUCCUCAUGCUGGAGAGAUGCUUCCUGCUGGUCACUUCUUGUUCCUGAGGGAGGUUGUCUGUGCCUCCUGCCUCCAAUCCACAGGCAAGUGCUAACAGCACCUCUCAGCAACCCCACAGACAAGCUGUACCCAUGAAUCCCAGUUUUUAAGCCAUGCUUGCCCUUAUUAAACACUCCUCCAUGCCUCUUCCCCUUUCAGAGCUUGCAGAAACAAGAGACGAAGAACUUGUAUGAACGGCAUGAGGGCCAAAGACCAGAAAACAAGGGCAAGAAUCGCUAUAAGAACAUUUUGCCAUGUGAGUCUGGAGUUCCACCUAUCAUCUUGACCCAGAAGCUGGGCCCACACAGGCCACAGACUCAGGUGGCAGAGGAGUCUGAGGCAGUGUUUUUUGUCAGCCAGAACUCAGUUCCGGCACUUCUCAGGUGGGCUCCAUUGCCAUUCUAGGAGAAUGAGGGAGGUGUUCAUGGUGAGUUCUGGCCCCUCUUUUUCUAGAAAAAUAGCACUGGUCACAGGUAGUGUCGGAUUUACGUAUAAGCUAAACAAGCUAUAGCUUAGGACUCACUCUCUUGGGGGGCUCCAAAAUAUUUAAAGGGGGAAAAACUGGAUGUACAUUUCCAAAAUAUAAGAUAAAAAACAAAUAAAAUAAAACCUACAUACAGCAACAGUGUUUUGUGUUGUGUAGGUCCAUAAAUUACCUAAUAAUAAUAAUAAUAAUAUUUCUUUAUACCCCGCCCUUCCCGGUUCAGAAAACCGGGCUCAGGGCGGCUAACAACAAAUUUAAAACACUUAAUUGUAAAAGCAGCAUAAAAUACAGUAUAAAAACAUGAAUAACAAGAAAAUUCAAAGUUCAGAAAUCAAUUUGGGGGAAAUCCAUCUAAUAAACAUUAGAUGAUCACCAGGGCUAGCUGGCUGAAUUAGUCCUACUUGGGCCAGCGAGGAGGCCAGGGGAGAAUUAGCUGUGGGGUCUCAGAGUGGGUAAUCUUCAUAAAAGGGGAGGGGGAGGGAAGAGCAUAUAUUCAAGACAAGAAACAGCGACAAUUUGUUGUUGACAAAGGGCAGCUGGACAUAUAAAGGGCCCCAUUACCUUCAGUAACUUAGGGCCUCGUCAAACCUAAAUCCAGCCCCGGUCACAGGCUGCUACCUCUGUUUCUGCCUUGAGCCCUAUAGAGAGUGGAUUGCAAAAGCCCCUGUUGCAUAGGGCAUUCCUCAAGAGACAUACUAACUGUGCUGCCUCCUUUUUUAGUUGACCACUCUCGAGUCAUCCUCCAAGACAGAGAUCCUGGGUCAGAUUAUAUAAAUGCCAACUACAUCAAGGUGAGGAGCUGAGUCAUGUCUUCCAGAAAGAAGGGUGGUGGUGGAUUUUCGCUCCAGGCCCUUUAUAUUUUACCUGUUUGCUCACUUGCAGAACAAGCUAUUCAGCCCCGAGGAAUGCAGCAAAACUUACAUUGCCAGCCAAGGUUGCCUGGAUGCCACCACCAACGAUUUCUGGCAGAUGGUGUGGCAAGAAAACUCACGGAUCAUUGUGAUGACCACGCGAGAAGUGGAGAAAGGAAGGGUAAGGAGGGGCAAGGGGGGGGGAACAUUCCUCUCCAUCCAUUCCUCCACCUUCUCAGCAUACAUUACAUCUUUCUUGCUUGGUCUUCAUCUCCUCCAGAAUUGUGAGAAACUCCCUUGGAAGAUUUCUAGGGCUGAAGGUGCUGCCAAACAUUCCACACAAAUGAUGCACAACAGCCAAUUUCUUUGCUGCAAAGCGCAGUUCCAGCAGAGAACUGCUUCACCUUUUCAUGUUAAAACCUUCCCUUCUGUCAGGGAACUGACAUCGGAGCUAGAGGUGGAGGGAAGGCUCUCCAAUGAUGCUGGAGAAGGGCCCAGCAGGGAGAGAGGCAGCUCAGCAGAUGGGGAAGCAAUUCAGUGCAACACCAGGAAUAAGGAGGGGCAGAUGGGGAAUCGGCGAGAGGGCUCCCAGACUCUUCACCGGACACCAGCGGGGAGAGCACGGGUCCUCCGCUACCCACGCCCUCCCUGCGCAGAAGACUUCCACGCAGAGAAAGUAGGAGGAGACUGGGUGUCAAACAACUUUUAUGUUGGAAAAGGUUUAAGAAACGCCCACUGACGGAUUCUGCUAGCGACUGAGGCAGCCACAAAUUGAAGGGCUGUCCAGACAGAAAGGUUUAACAAGGCAACAUAGUCAGGGGAGGAGGCAACUUACGCACGAGCAACCCCAUACCAUUAUACCUUCCUACCACUUUGCUGACCUGUGGGGUUUCUCGCCCUGAUCUGACCACAGUGAUCCAUGCGACGGUCACCUCCAGGCUUGAUUAUCGUAACUUGCUCUACGCGGGGCUGCCCUUGAAGCUGACCCAGAAACUCCAGCGGGUGCACAAUGCCACAGCGAGGUUCCUUACAGGGUCCUUGCCACGGGAUCACAUUCAUCCAGUGCUUUACCAACUGCACUGGCUCCCAAUGGAGUACAGGGUCAGGUUUAAGGUGCUGGUUUGGACCUUUAAAGCCCUAGGACCCUCGUACCUACGGGACCGCCUCUCCUGGUAUGCCCUGCAGAGGACCUUAAGGUCCACAAAUGACAACAUUUUGGAGGUCCCAAGCUGCAAGGUGGUUAGAUUGAUCCCAACGAGGGCCAGGGCCUUUUCAGUACUGGCCCCAACUUGGUGGAACGCUCUGUCACAAGAGACUAGGGCCCUGCGAGACUUGACAUCUUUCUGCAGGGCCUGCAAGACAGAGCUGUUCUGCCUGGCCUUUGGCUUGGACUCAGUCUGACCCUUAUGUUUCCCUCCCCUUAUGGUUUGAUCUAUGGGCUACUUUUAAAAUGAGGCUGCAUUUUAAAUUGCAUUUUAACCUGUAUUUUAAAUUGAUUUUUUCCUUCCUGUUAUGUUUUUACUGUAAUUUUACUGGAGUUAGCCGCCCUGAGCCCGGCUCUGGCUGGGGAGGGUGGAGUAUAAAUAAAUUUAUUAUUAUUAUUAUUAUUAUUAUUAUUAUUAUUAUUAUUCACAUGCACAAGGUGGGAAAGUGGAUGUUGGGGGGGACAGGGGGCUUUUCAGUGGGGGGGGGGGAAAUCAGGACUGUGGAAAGAUACAAACCAAGAGCCAAGAGAAUGAUGCAGUGGUCAAAUGAUGUAGGCCUUUUUGAUGGUGGUCCCUUAUUUGCGAAAUGCCAUUCCUGGUGCCGUGUGCUUGUCUCCCUCAUUAUUUACUUCUGGGGGGUGUAAAUAAAUAAAUAAACACCCAGACUUUGGAUGCCUGAAAGUUCACUGUUUCUGGCAACACUGAGGUCACUGGUUUUUAGGAUGUUUUUAGAAUGCUCCUUUGGGGUAAAGGGCAGGAUAUUAAUUAAUUAAUUACAUAAAAUCCCCAUCAGCCUCAGCCAGGAUAGCCAAUAGCCUGAGGUGACAGAAGUUAUAGUCAGCAAUAUUUGGAUGGGACCACAUUGACUAUCCCUGAUUUAAGGACUUCCUUCCUGUCUCCCUGCUGCUCCUCCAAAUCACUCUGGUGAAGGAGUAGUCAAAUCGUUUUUUAAUUACCCAUGUGCUGUUUGCAUGUAAGGUGUUAUUGAACUCUCACCAUCCUCAGGUGGUUAUUAUGGUAGAUUUCCUUCCAAGUUUUGCUUUAGAUGAAGAGGACAAGCUGUGAUCUUCUCCCCACUUUCUUUCUUUUCUGGGCGGAGGCAUUUAAUCUUUAUUGAUUUUUUUAGUAUACAUCACAAUUAUCAUUUCCCAUCAGAGAUGUACAAAAGGAGAAGAAAAGAUGCUUGAAUGCUGAAAAUAAAAUAAAAUUAUAUAGUAAAGUAUUAAGACUUCCCUCCACCCAAACGUGGGUUCUUUGCGAUUCUAUAUUAACUUCUAUAUUAAUAAGUAAUAUUAAUUACUUAUCCAAUAUAUCCAUAAGUUAUGUCACCUUGCAGGAGUCAUUCAAGGCCUGCCAAAGAUUCCAGUUGUUCCCACUGGCACCCAUCAAAACCUGCUUUCUGUUUCCUAACAGAACAAAUGUGUCCCUUACUGGCCAGAGGUGGGCAGCAGCAAAGAGUAUGGGCCGUACAUUGUGGAAAACAUUGGAGAACACGAUGCCUUAGAAUAUAAACUCCGACAGCUCUGCCUUUCAUCAGUCCACAAUGUGAGUACACCAAGCCUGGAGAACAUUCAAUGACUGCUAUUAUUGCUACUAGGGCUGUCUUUAGCAUAUGUGCCGCCGGGGUACAAAGAUCCGUCCAGCGCCCCCAAAUUUAGUUUAGGUGCCCCCAAAUUAACUUCCACUGAGCUUUUUUGGGGAGGGGGGAAGCCAAAGUUGUUGACCUUUUUUUGGGGGGGAGUAUCAGAGCGAUGGAGGAGGGGGGCGGAGGAGGCUUUUGCUCCAUUGCUUUUCACUGCUGCCGAUUGAGAGGGACUGGUAUAAAGUAGGUAUACAUUUGGUUCCCCCCAGAAUUCAGCGCCCGGGUGCCACGCACCCCUUGUACACCUGGGUAAAGAUGGCCCUGAUCGCUACAAAUAUUGCUGAAAAUAAGGACCUGCAGGAAAAAAUAUCCCAGCAUUUUGCCCAACACCCGGAUGUUUGCUAUUCCAUCUCCAUCUCUGGCACACAAUCUACUCAUACUUUUAAUAUUUUAAAAGUAUAUAAAAUUUGUAAAGUAUAUUAAAAUUUGCAAAGUUAUUUUUUCUUUGUGAAAAAUUAAUAAAUAAGUUUUUUUAAAAAAGCAAAACACGAAAACACUGGGGUGCUGCAGUUUGGCUGUGAUGCCAGCUGCAUCCUCUGUAAUAACAGAGCAGAUGAAUCAUAUAUAUUCUACGAAAACAAUUGCUAGUCCCCUGAAAUGUCUGCUGCUGGUUCUGCGUUUCCUCUUUCUUCCUCCCCACCCCACCCCACAAUGCCUCUGUGGGCAGCUUCAUUUGCUUUUCUCUGAGUGACUCCAGAGGUUCAGAUUUCUAUUCUUACCAUUUUUGUCUGAAGACCUUCGUGAAUCUGGGACCUCAAGGCCUGUGCAACACUGACGCUGUUACUAAUCGGCUCCGGGACAAUUACUGUGGUACCUCGGGUUAAGUACUUAAUUUGUUCCGGAGGUCUGUUCUUAACCUGAAACUGUUCUUAACCUGAAGCACCACUUUAGCUAAUGGGGCUUCCUGCUGCCACCGUGCCGCCAGAGCACGAUUUCUGUUCUCAUCCUGAAGCAAAGUUCUUAACCUGAAGCACUAUUUCUGGGUUAGUGGAGUCUGUAACCUGAAGCGUAUGUAACCUGAGGCACCACUGUACAGCAGACAGACAAAAUGCAUCUUGACACGUGAAGCUCCUCUGAUAGCCAAUAUGUGGAGACAGCAGGAAUCUGCUUGAGCCCACCAGGAUCUUCAGAUGGCCUUCAGUUGGGGGGGGUGGCAUAAGAGAUGGGUUGCAUCCAGUCUAAAGUUCUCCUCUUGAAAUAACAGCCUCCUAUGGGGCUUGUGCAGGAGAACUUGCUUGCGGACUGUCCCUCGGGGGUCAGAUUUGUCUGCCUCCCCUCUCUGGAGACAGUCAUCAAAGCCUCUGAGAGACAGACAGAGAGCUGGGCUGAUCUCAUUCCUCCAGGCAUCAGGCCUGAGAGUUCGGAGAGCGUUGGGUUGCUUUCUCUGACUGUAAGCGUGAUGAGAGAGAGCAAGCCGGUGGGUUGAGGGAUAGACAAAGGAGUUGCAGGCAUGAACCCACACGAGGGUGUGAUGUUGUUGCCCCCUGCCAGAGUGAGGCUGUGCGAGACAUCUGGCAUUACCAGUACCUGAGCUGGCCGGACCAUGGAGUGCCCAGUGAGCCUGGAGGAGUUCUGGGCUUCCUUGACCAAGUCAAUCAGAAGCAGGAGAGCAUCCCUGGAGCUGGACCCAUAAUAGUUCAUUGCAGGUGAGUGAGUUGGCACCAUUGUUAAUUCACUGCUAGAUAUGCAGCAAACAGGAAUCUAUUCUCUAACGAUCAGUAAAAUAAACUGGGAAAAUAUCACAGUGCCGGUUUAUAAACCAGCGAUAAAUUUUGGCAACCGCUCAUAAGUCUUAAUAGGUACAUUCCACAAGAAGUGCUGAUCACUGCUAUUUUAUUUUUUAUUUGGAAUCACUUUUUAUUGGGCUUUAUAAUAGGAAUAAUAAAUAAUACAAAUAAACAGACCAAGUCUUCUCAUGCCAUUUGUAUAUCACAAAAAUAGUGUAAUAAAUUCGCAGUGAUAUCUGCAACAUUUGGUUCAUUAUUAGUGGUCAGUGUAUAAGUUCUUGGUUCAUGAACUUGGUUUAAACAAAAACAAAUAUGAAACAGGAUAGAAGAAAAUUAACAGAUAACGUUCAACAUUGCGUCGCCUAAUCAGGAGCCCUUGUGGUUGAUGUGCUUAGAUUAAGUAUGAGUAAUAGUCACUUUUCCUCUUGUGUUACCAAUGAAACAAAAUAAAGUGUUGGUAUAUUAAUGAACAUGGGAGAGGGGUUCAAACCAUAUAUAAAAAUCUAUGUUUAAAUUUAGAUCAACCAGAUUGAGCCUAAUUCUGAUGGGGGAGGGAUUUUUCAUUUUCUGGAAUACUGCCAUAUACUAUGAAAUUAAACCACACUGGGGUCAAGCCAUCUUCUUUGAUCUACCCACAUGUCAACUGUAGUUUAUUUGUUAAUCUCUUAAUCAGGGAUGUUUCCGUAAAAUAUUUUUUGCAAAAGGACAAGGCUGAUUCAUGGAGGGUGGUGGAUCUAUCAGCAACCACUAGCCAUAAGAGCUAAGUGAAACCUCCCUAUAUAGAAGCAAUAGAUACCUAAGUAUACUGGAUGUUGGGAUGCGGGUGGUGCUGUGGGUUAAACCACAGAGCCUAGGACUUGCUGAUCAGAAGGUCAGUGGUUCAAAUCCCCGCAAUGGGGUGAGCUCUCGUUGCUCGGUCCCUGCUCCUGCCAACCUAGCAGUUUGAAAGCACGUCAAAGUGCAAGCAGAUAAUAGGUACCGCUCCGGCGGGAAGGUAAACGGCGUUUCUAUGCGCUGCUCUGGUUCUCCAGUAGUGGCUUAGUCAUGCUGGCCACAUGAACCGGAAGCUGUACACCGCCUCCCUCGGCCAAUAAAGCGAGAUGAGCGCCGCAACCCCAGAGUCGGCCACGACUGGACCUAAUGGUCAGGGGUCCCUUUACCUUAUACUGGAUGUUGGGGGCACAGAGGCAACCUGGGAAGGGAAAUGCAGAUGUCCAGAGACUGCUGCUCUGACCACAGUCUUGGACUAACUGCAGCUUGGUAGGUUCUAGCAAGGGAAGCCUUGUCUGUUUUCUGCAUGUCUCCCUAAUCUCCAUCUCUCCCUACAGUGCUGGGAUUGGUCGCACCGGGACCAUCAUAGUCAUCGAUAUGAUUGUGGAUUUGAUCUCCAUCAAAGGUUAGGUCACUUCUUGUUUUGAAUCCUGGUGGCCAUUCUAUUCCUUGGUCCCUCUUUCCCGCUGGCCAGGGUUAAGCCCCUUGCCUUCCUGGUCACGUAGAUGGGAAAACGAGAACAGCCAAAGCCUGUCCCGUAAAUGACACAGGACUUCCCAUCCCCUGUUUGCCCUCUUGAGACGCAAGGGUGAAUUAAAACCCAGUACAAAUUACAUUAUAACCAUGAACUAAAACCAAUAAUCAAUAGCAAAGUAACAUUGCAGCAGCACAGCAGGAGCGGGGGCGGGCGGGGGGAGCCUGGGUAAAGAUGUGCAUCUUCUUCUUGUUGUUAUUUUGUAUUCUUUAUUGAAAAGUAAAAAAAUACAAAAUUACAAGUGCACAGAGUAAAAUAAGACUCAAAGAAGAAGAAGAAACAAGAAAUAGUACCCAUGUAGAAAACAGAACAGAACAACAACAAAAAAGAUAUUGUAUACAAUACAAAAAAGCGGGGGAAAUUGUUAUUGUAGUUAACCAAAUAUUGUUAAAUUUGUCCGUGGCAAGUCUACGUUUGUACACAACUUGUUCAUGUGUAGCGAGUUUGUACAUAUCUUCAGUCGUUAAAGGGAUCCUCAUCUUUAUUUUUCCGGUUCAUCAAUACCUGUCUUUUUGCCGUACAAAGGCUGCGGGGAGUCCAUUUAUAUUGUCCCUUUCUUAGAUUCCAUGUGUUGGGUAUAUAACUCAAAAGGACAGUCUCCUCUGCAAAUUUAAGAUUGUUCCGUACAGUCAUGUCGACCGUCUCUAUGACCUUCUGCCAGAAAAUCUUUCAAUGUAGGACAUUGUACAAACAUUUGUACAUCAGGGAAGCAUUGUCCCACCUCCAGCAGCUAGAUGUCUUCGAUAGUUGCAUCUCGACCAUUCAUGGAUGAGCGCUGAGCUCAGUGGGAGACUUGAGCACCUGUCUAAAGCUGCUGCCAGCUCUUGUUUUAUAUUUCAUAACUUAUAUGUUGCUCUUAGUGCCGUGCACAAGGAAAAAUAAAGACAGCAAUCCCAUGCCUGCUUACUUGGGAGCAAGCCCUGUUUUAUUCAGUGCCACUUGCUUACGAUUGGCCUGUAAGUCUUGAACAACUUCUUCCCCCGUUUAUUUAUUACAUUAUAGAAUCAAAGUUGGAAGGGGUCCUGAGGAUCAUCUAGUCCAGCCCCAAGCGGGGAUUGAACCUUCAACCUUGGUGCUAGCAGCACCACGCUCUAACCAACUGAGCUAUCCACAUUCUGCCUCCCCCCCUUUUUCUUCCUUCCAGGGUUUGACUGUGAUAUCGACAUCCCAAAGGCCAUUCAGAUGGUUCGCUCCCAGCGCUCAGGCAUGGUGCAGACCGAAGCACAGUACAAGUUCAUCUACAUGGCUAUCUGCCAGUUCAUAGAGACCACUAAGAAGAAGCUGGAUGUUAUGCAGGUAUGGGACUGGCAUGCGGUGGUCACUAUCAUUAGCAUCUUCUCCUUUACGGAAGAUGCCCCACGUCCUCAAGGAGAUCGUAGUUGGGACGUGGGUGGAGCUGUGGUCUAAACCACUGAGCCUCUUGGGCUUGCCGAUCAGAAGGUCAGCAGUUCGAAUCCCCGCAACAGAGUGAGCUCCCGUUGCUCUGUCCCAGCUCCUGCCAACCUAGCAGUUCAAAAGCACGCCAGAGCAAGUAGAUAAAUAGGUACCGCUCCGGCGGGAAGGUAAACGGCGUUUCCGUGCGCUCUGGUUUCCGUCACGGUGUUCCGUUGUGCCAGAAGCGGUUUAGUCAUGCUGGCCACAUAACCCGGAAAGCUGUCUGUUGACAAACGCCGGCUCCCUCGGCCUGAAAGCAAGAUGAGCACUGCAACUCCAUAGUCACCUUUGACUGGACCUAACCGUCCAGGAGUCCUUUACCUUUACCUUUUACCUAGCUGGGUGACACACCUCUUCCGGCAAUGUUUUUGGGGACAGACAUUUAGAUUCUAGCACCUUGUAUAAUUAGGCAUUGCAAAGUGUACACCAGGUAUCUGUGUGCAUGUGUGUGUGUGUGUGUGCAUGCACAAUCUCUGUGUGACCCCAAAGCAGCCAGCUAUACACUUGCUAGGAAUGGCAUGGCCAUUUUGGUCUGCAUUUGACUCAGUCAUAUGCCCUCCAAUGCCCUGGCCCAGAGUUACAGCAAGAAGAGAAGGAUUUCCCCCAGAGAUAGCAGGUCAGGCAGUGUGGGGAGGAGAAAGGGGGAAUGGCUUGCUACUACUGCCCCCCCCCGGUUGCACCUGCAGCUUUGCCUCUUACCUUCUCCUUCCUGACUAAAUGGGGCCCCUCACUGUGCGAGGAAACACUGCAUUGCCCAAAGGACCACAGCGCCACUGUGCUCCAUGCCAUAAAUCCCCUUAUAUAGAGAUUUAUACAUAUAUUUCUCUCUCUCUCCUGCAGACUACGAAAGGAAAACCAAGCGAAUCUGAAUAUGGGAAUAUAACCUACCCACCCGCACAGAAGAUAAAGGCUUCACGAAAAUCCUCUAAGUAAGAACGCAACCAUGGCAGCCGUUAGAGCAUAUCUCCCGGUUGUAACUAUCUCACGGUGUAGAUAAAUAGAACAUUGGCAAAGGCAACCUGUAAUGUUUUUGGAGUGAUGGUGCUUUAGGAAUGACGUUCCUGUCCUCCCUCCAAACACCAAAAUUUGUGGGUUGCACCAAAAUUCAUGGGGAAUUUUUGUGGAGUUGGCACCUAUGGUCCACUUGAAGCUUGAGUGCUUGGGGGCAAGAGUAAGGACUAGCCCAUUUUCACAGCAUGUAAAGCAAAUUGCUGAUUCAGGUGCUGACUCAGCAGUAUGUGUGCCAGCACCAAGCUGCAAAGCUGAGUUCACGCAACAACCUGCUGUGAUAGCAUCAUCAUCAUCAUCAUCAUCAUCAUUAUUAUUACAACUACAAUUUAUAUGCCACCCUUUAACAAAAGGUCCCAGGGCAGCGUACAUGUUAUGGAGCAUAAUAAAAAAAAGCAUAAUGCAAAGCACAAUCAUAGACAGCAUAAUGAUAAAAUAAUCCUAAUAACAGUCCCUGACCCACCGUGUCAUCUUUCAGAUGGAUCCAAGGGGACAUGGUAUGAUGUGAUGGACAAUUUCAAUGAUCAGUUUCUGCUGUUUUCACUAGGGUUUUUUUUUGCCAUAUAUUUCCCUCAUACAGUCAUACCUCGGGUUACAGACUCUUCAGGUUGUGUUUUUUUGGGUUACGGACCCGCCUAAACCCGGAAGUACCAGAACGGGUUACUUCUGGGUUUUGGGGGUUGCGCAUGCACAGAAGCACUAAAUCACAACCUGUGCAUGUGCAGAUAAACUGCUGCGGGUUGUGAACACUGUGGGUUGUGAACGUGCUUCCCGCACGGAUCACAUUUGCAACCCGAGCGUCCACUGUAUUUUAAGAGAUGGCAGCAUAUAAAACAACACAAGGCCAUGGCUUGGCCUUACAGCUUAGCCACCCCCAUCUUCCAGUCAGUACUUCCUCCCUCCCUCCCUUUAUUCUAGGUUCCGUUAUCGUUAAGAGUGCUCAUUCUGCUUUCUGUUCUUCCCUUUCUCCUUUCACAGGCAGAAGGAUGAAGCAACCCUGUAUGAGAAUUUAGGCAAAAAAGAGGAAAAAGGGCAAAAGCAGUGGCCUUCAGGGAAGGAGAAGAAACCAAAGGGCUCCCUGAAGAAAAAAUAAUGCCAUAGAUAAUCUUCCACCUGCCUGGCUCCAUUCACAGCAGACACAAAUUGCCUAACCCCCCCCCCCCCACCCCCCCGCUGAGAACUUCCUCCGAAAGGUUUACUGAGCUACGGAGGGUUAGCCCAAGAGAAUUGGGUACCUGAAGUGGGAAAUCCAGAUGGCACCUUUCCAUUCGCCUCCUACUAAUGAACGCAAUUCUUCCUGCUUCUCCUAUGACCCAACAUACUAAUCCCAUACACCUCUUGGACUCCCCAGUGCACUUGCAAAUUCAUUCGGCUCUCCAGGCUUCCCCUUUUCUAAAAGGCAGUUUUUGAAUGCUUGAAACAUGCCCCAACCACCAUUAAAGUCCAAACCAUAACAAUUAUUGGGGGAGGGCUGUAGGUCAGCGGUAAGACACCUGCUUUGCAUGCAGAAGACCCCAAAUUUAAUCCCUGGCAUCUCCCGAUGGGGCUGGAAGAGACCCCUCUCUGAAUUCCUGGAGACCAGCUUCCAGCCAGCGUUGACAAUUCUGAGCUUGGAUGCAGAGCCAGAUUAAGACCUUUAGAGGCCCCAAGCACUUAAAAUAUUUUGGUGCCUACACACACACACACACACACACACACACACACACUAUUAAAAAAUUUGUUUAGAACUGAAACAAAACCUACAGUAAGAUGGAAAAUAAUGCUUGUUUCUGUACACUUCCACUUUAUUUAUAUUUUGGGGGGAAAUCUCCUACCUUUUCUAAUUGCAAAGCCUUUGGUCAGUUCCUCAAAACCAAUAUUACACAACAGAUCUGUUAGAUACUUCGUAGAGAUAAGGUAUCCAGCUUGCCUUGUUGCAUAGUUGUUCAGUUGCUGAUUUUUAGCAGAAAAAAAUGAAUGCUCCGCUGAGCAAUUUGUGUGCAUUGAAGUUAAAAAUUUGGCAAUGGGAAAUUUCCCUUCCCUUGAUGCCCUAAGCAUGGGAUUAUUUGGCUUAAUGGUGAGCCAAGCCCUGGCUAGAUGGGCAAUGGUCUGCUGAUCCUGAGCUUUCCAGUGUUGCCGUGACCCUAAAAUAAGAUUCCAAGCACAGGUCCUUAUGAGACUGCCUAAUUUCUACAGGGGAGCCCUUCAAAACCACUGUCCCAUGUCACCACUCUGUUCUGUGAUGUGUUGGCUGGUUUUGUCGCCGUUCUACGCAGCAGUCAUAAGGAUUAAUGCAAAAGUGCCAUGGAUUGAUGUUCUUUGAGCUCCGCCUAGCACAGAAUCUGUGCUUUUUGCUGUGCCAUCUACCACUGCAAGUUUUGAUUUGAUGAUGGGUUUCUUUCCAGGACAGAGCAGUGGGUGGGACUCCAUAUAAAAACAUGCAAAUUCACAAGGAUCGGUUUUAAUUCAGCCGGAUCUCACUUUUAUCUAGACCCCUUGGGAGAGCAAGUGUCUGGGGGGGGGGGGAGACUUUCUUUGUCUGGGGGAAGAGAAGCAACAAAAAUAGGUUAUUCCCAUGGGCCCAGAAAACACAGCUGGGUGUCCCACUGAAUGCACUUCGGAGUAGAUAGGUAUACAAUUGCACUGGUGGAAGGCUAGAACUCCUGCCAUUUCCCCCUUAGUCUUGAGAUCUUGCAUCUUCUUUUUAUCAUGACCUCUAGCCUAAGCUAUUCCAUACAGCAAGCCCCGUCAGGCUGAGAAGCAGAAUAAAGUGCCCUUGGGAUCAACGUUGCUUCUGUAACAUCACUUUUUGGUUCCCUGUCUUUCUCUCCACUGCUCAAAUGCUUCACCUAAUUGGUCAAAGCCAUCCUUGCCUUGUGCAACCUCCAGCUCAAAUGCCAACCUCUGCUUAGCCACCGAACCUUACCGCUGUGCUGUGUGUAAAUAAUGGAUAAUUUUCUAAUCCAGUGGAUUGGUUUUCUUGACUUGUAAAUAAACCAGAUUUUUGUUUGAUUUGCA